AUGGCGGUCCUCGUGGCCUUCGUGGGAGCCUGGACCGUUCGGGAGUCCCUUUUCUUGAAGCCCCGCAUCGCGAAGCUCCGAGUCGCGACGGCCCACUUCGAGAAGAACAGCCUCGGGAAGCCCAAGCUCGCCAAGUCCCCGAUCACGAAGCCCCUGCUCGAGACGAACCGCCUGGUGACUCCCGACCUUCAGAAGUCCGUGCAAGAGAAGAGGCGCCUCGAGAAGCACAGCCUCGUGGAUCCCAAGCUCGCGAGGGAAGGGAUCGCAGCGGCUGGCGCCGCGGAUGCCGUGCAGGCUCCCGAUGCCAGACCUUUCCCAGCUGCGAGCUCCAGUGCAGGUCCAGCUGAGCAGCUGCCAGAGGCAUCAGAGGCAUCGGAGGCAUCGGCAGCGCAAGCCAAGGCCACAGCCAAACCAAGCCAAGCAGCUGCCAAGAAGGCGGCCAAAGCUACCGGAAUGGCGCGUGGUUUUUUGAACAAGCCGGCGAAGAAGCAAAACAAGAAGGCAGACUCGGAAGCCACCGCGCCUUCCGCAUCUGCUGCCUCUUCUGCCUCUGCUUCGACUGUGGCUGUGCCGGAGCCGCAGAAGGAAGGCAAGGCCACCUCUUCCGCUGCAACCGCUGUGGCCACAGCCACGGCCGCUGCAGAGGACUCCACCUCGGCAGCUGCCACCCGGCUUUGGGUGAAGGAGAUAGCUCGAGCACAGGAGGCUGGAGUCGCGGCAUUCCACAAUUGCUCCUUUCGCGAAGCGAAAGCCUCGUUUGAGCGAAUGCGCGACACAGCACGAGCUGCCGGACUUGGCAGAGAAGAAGGUCAAGCAAGCCGCCUCCUUGCGAAUGCUUUGGAUAAGUUGGACGCUCCGGAAGCCGAAAUUGACGCGGCAUAUCAGCAGGCCAUGCGGAAGGCACAUCAACACGAUGAUAUGGAGCUGUCCUUCAACGUGUUGACAGGCAUGGGCUCGCAUGCCAUAAAAGCCGGAGACCUUGACAUCGCGGAGCAUCUUUAUCAGCAGUCUCUGAUGCUGGCACAGCGCGUGCUGACGGUCCAUGAGCAGGGCAUUGCCGAAGGAAACCUAGGCAUGUGCCUGGGCCAGAUGGAGGGACGCCGGCCGGAGUCCUUGGACCACUUCAAGAAAGCCAUUAAACUCCAGCAGGAAGGUUCAAACCCCCACGCCAUUGUGACUUUGAUUGCGAACUUCGCGUCAGCACUCUGUGCCGAUGGAAAGUACCAGGAAGCGAAGAAAGAGUACGAAAAUGCCUUGGUGCUCACCCGAAGAAUCGGCGACCGCCGUGUGGAAGUAAAUAUCCUUACGAACCUGGCAAACCUUUGUGAGAAUGUCCUCCAACUGCCAGAGAAGGCACGGCAAUACCGUGCUGCUCUGAAAGGGGAAUACAGCAAAGAUUCCUGUGCCAUCUGCCUGGAGGCUUUGGAUUCGGAGGGUAGGGCGCAGACGGUUCUGCAAUGCAGUCACAUCUAUCACAGCGCGUGCAUCGACCAGAUCCUGUCAAGUGAGUCCCAAAGUCGGAGCAAGUGCCCCCUUUGUCGAAAUUCUUUCUUCAGCUUCACUGCUGCAGCUUGA